UUAAGGAGGAUAUGACUGUGACAGCGCUAGGGAUUGCUGACUCUUGCAGUACCCAUGUCAUUUCCCAUGUGCUGUGUGCCGCCUUUGGAUGGGAUGGGAGCAUGGGACGCUCGUGCGGUCGCGGGCUGGCGGCAUCGUGGCCUCAUCUCGCGCUCAAGCUGCUCCCCGUAGUCCCAUUGAGACCAACGGCAGCGCUCGCGUUCGUGUACGUUUAUAUUAUUUUUUUAUAAGGGAGCAAGAGGGCUCGGCGGCAGCGGCAGCGGCGACGGCGACCGCGACGGCAGUGGCAGUGGCAGUGGCAGGCUGUCAGCCGUCCCUAUCUUGUGUGUCAAGCGCGAACUCCCUAUCUCGUGUGUCAAGCGCGUUCGCGUGCGUUCUAGGCACAGGCAGCCGAGGCGAGCCCCUUCCGCUCAGUGGCCGCCGCCGGACCGUGGACGCAGCUAGCCCAUCAGCCCAUGGCAGGGACGGACGUCGCAGGCUCCGCACGCGGCUCCGAUGCCGCGCUCGGCAAGACGGGCGAACCACCCGCCGCGGCGCGCUCUGGCGCAGCCAAGAAGGUGACUCUCGCUCUGCUAGCCUCCUUCUCGGCGCUGCUGUACAGCCAGAUUCAGCCGCCGCCGUCUAAGAUCCCCGGCACGCCGGGCGGGCCUCCGGUCACGGCGCCCAGAACAAGGCUCAAGGACGGCCGGCACUUGGCGUACCUGGAAUCCGGCGUCCCAAAGGAGAAGGCCAAGUACAAGAUCAUAUUCGUUCACGGCUUCGACUGCUGUAGAUACGACGUGCUGAAUGUCUCCCAGGGGCUGUUGGAAGAGCUGGGAAUUUACCUGCUGUCCUUUGACCGGCCCGGGUACGCCGAGAGCGACGCCCACCCGGCCCGGACAGAGAAGAGCGUCGCCCUUGACAUCGCGGAGCUGGCGGACAAUCUCCAGCUCGGCCCCAAGUUCCAUCUCAUCGGCUUCUCCAUGGGCGGCGAGAUCAUGUGGAGCUGCCUCAAGUACAUCCCGCACAGGCUCGCCGGCGUGGCGAUUCUUGCCCCGGUGGGCAACUACUGGUGGUCCGGCUUCCCGCCGGACGUGUUCAAGGAGGCGUGGCGCGUGCAGUUUCCGCAAGACCAGCGCGCGGUCUGGGUCGCUCACCACCUGCCGUGGCUGACGCACUGGUGGAACACCCAGAAGCUGUUCCGCGGAUCCAGCGUCAAGGACGGCGACCCUGCCAUGCUAUCCAAGGAGGACAGGCUUGUAGCUGACAAGUUCGAGAAGCGAACCUAUGAGAAGCAGGUCAGACAGCAGGGAGAGCACGACUCGCUCCACCGCGACAUGAUGGUCGGUUUCGGGAAGUGGGACUGGAGCCCGCUGGAGAUGGAGAACCCGUUCGCCGGCGGCCAAGACGAGGUGAAGGUGUACCUGUGGCACGGCGUCGAGGACCUCUACGUGCCGGUUCAACUGUCGCGGUACAUCAGCGAGAGGCUCCCAUGGGUCAUCUACCAUGAGCUCCCGACGGCCGGCCACCUCUUCCCGGUCGCCGACGGCAUGCCCGACGCUAUCGUCAGGUCGCUUCUGCUCGGAGAUGAGUGAUCAGUAUUUAGGAUGCGCGGAUCCAGGACUUGGGCACUUUUUGCAGCUUCAUCAGUAAUAAAAAUACACUCGGAGGUCGAGAUCUGUAUGAUCCGUGUCCUUAAAAGCUUCGGAAUGGCGUUUUGUUGUCGAUCCCCAUUGGCGAUUUGGACACGAUGGAUCAGCUUACCCAAUUGGCACAACGCAACAUCGGAGCGGCAUGGCCGACAAAACUUGCAUAUCCGAGAAAGUGACGUCAAGUUUAGAACUUUAUGCACCUUUUUACUCAGAACUAUGAAGUUUCCACUGAAUUUAACUUCUGAUGUUAGAGAACCACAACCACUUACCGGCUGUUUGGUUCUCUAUUUGAGCGUGCAA